AUGAUUGCUGCGCCGAUACCAUCGCUAGCUGUAAGGACGAGCUUAAAAGUCUUACCCAGACAGUGCGCACAAAGUGGUUGUCUCGAAGCAAAAGUCUUGCAAGGCGAAAAUGUAUCGACGGGAUGGGUCCCGGCGGGUACCACGCUUCGCGACAUCAACCAACUCCUUCAAGAUCCGAAUGGCGAGAAGAUCGACUCUUCGCAGAACAUCCGCCGAACACUGGAUGAUCGUCAGAUACAGCUAAAGGACCUGGCAGAAAGACUUGAACCCGCACCGACGUUGAAGCGACUGGUCUGGCCACUGAAGAAGGAAGAGGUGGACGCUAUUACCGAGAAGCUUGGGCAGUGCAGAUCGGCAAUCUCUUUUGACCUACGUGUCUAUUAAGCGUGCGUAUCCCACGUUGCCCUUGAUAUACUACUAAUAACUUAAGAUCGUCGCUUGCUACCAUUCAUCAAGAGUUCGUCCUAGCGAAACUGCGCUUAACGCUAGCUUUUUCUUUAGAUAAGGCGAACGUGACCGUGGUCGUACCGUUCUCUUUCUCCCCUCAAUCGUAACUCAACUUAUCCGUCGACUGCCGUCUAUGGUUCUCUAUGUUCGUAAAGAGACCGAGUCUAAUCCUAGUAUUCACC